AGAAAAAAUGCCGACCACCCAGAGAUGAUGAAUUAAGUAAAAAGAUCAAUGCAACGGGAAAUUCUGCCAAAUGUACCAAAGCGUGGUGCCCGGGCGGUACGAUCCACGGACAACGUAUUUGGAUUUUCGGAAAAGAUGUUGGUGUUUUUAUCAUAUUUGUUAUUUCUGGUAACAUUUCCAUUGACGAUAUAUUUUUGUUUGAAAACCGCAACAGUUUUCCAGCGUGUGGUUAUAUUUCGUUUGGGACGUUUAAGAAAAGGUGGGGUAAGAGGUCCUGGUUUAGUUUUCAUUCUGCCUUGUAUAGAUGAAUAUGUUAAGGUUGACUUACGCACCCAAUCAUUUGAUGUACAUCCCCAGGAGAUAUUAACUAGAGAUUCAGUGACUAUACAAGUGGAUGCCGUUGUCUAUUACAGUAUACGCAAUCCACUCGAUUCGGUUAUACAGAUUUCAAAUGUGCGAGAUUCUACUAAACUCUUAGCCCAGACUACUUUGCGCAAUGUUAUUGGUACAACCAAUCUAAUGGAAUUGUUAACGGCCAAAGGGACAUUGUCGAAAAAGAUUGAAAAUAUAUUAGAUGAAGCUACAGAUCCAUGGGGUGUUAAAGUGGAGCGUGUUGAAAUUAAAGACGUACGUCUGCCAGUUUCCAUGCAAAGAGCCAUGGCUGCUGAAGCUGAGGCCAUACGUGAGGCUAAGGCUAAAAUUGUUGCUGCGGAGGGUGAAUUGAAUGCUUCUAGAGCCUUGAAAGAAGCUUCUGAUGUCAUGUCCGCAAAUCCCAUUACAUUACAGCUUCGUUAUUUACAAACAUUGGCGACAAUUUCAAGUGAAAAGAAUUCCACAAUUGUUUUUCCCUUUCCCAUAGAGCUAAUGUCGUUUGGUGCAUCAUCAUCUUCAUCUGUAAAAUAAUUUUUUUUUAAUAUUCCUUUAAUUGUUAUCUAUAUAAAAUGAUAUUUUAUAUAAAAGGUAAAAAUAAAUUUAGAUAUUUU